UUGUAUAAUAUUAGUCUAUAAUUAAUAUUCAAAUAUAAAUUAGUCGACAAUUUUUAUUUGCGGCGAAAAUGCUAAUCAAAGAGUUUCGUGUUGUACUUCCGCUGACCGUUGAAGAGUACCAAAUCGGACAGUUAUACUCUGUGGCCGAGGCGUCCAAAAAUGAGACGGGAGGUGGAGAGGGGGUCGAAGUGCUAAACAAUGAACCCUUUGAUAAUUAUCCGCUUUUGGGCGGAAAGUUCAGUAGCGGUCAAUACACGAAAAAGAUUUACCAUUUGGCCAGUAAAGUGCCGGCAAUGGUAAAGAUGUUGGCACCGAAAGGAUCACUUGAAGUACACGAAGAGGCGUGGAAUGCAUAUCCCUAUUGCAAGACUGUUAUCACUAACCCGGAUUACAUGAAGGAUAAGUUCCGCAUCACUAUUGAGACAAUGCAUUCACCCGAUAGGGGAAACCAAGAGAAUGCCCAUCAGUUGUCACCCGAGAAACUGAAACAAAGAGAAGUGGUGUUCAUUAACAUCGCAAAUGAUAACAUUCCGACCAAUGAUUAUAAAGCAUCUGAAGAUCCUUCAGUAAUUUCGUCUGAGAAGACAGGAAGAGGUCCAUUAAUUACACCCAAUUGGGCGGAUACAAUUGAGCCGGUAAUGUGCGCCUAUAAGUUAGUGACGGUUGAAUUUAUUUGGUUUGGACUCCAAACUACUGUCGAGUCAUUCAUGCAAAAGACUUAUAGGGGAAUAUUUUUGAAUUUUCAUCGCCAAGUGUUUUGUUGGUUAGACCGAUGGCACGGAUUAACAAUGGCUGACAUUAGAGAAUUAGAAGAGAAAACGAAACGAGAAUUGGAUGAGCAACGAAAUCAGGGAACAGUGAGAGGUACACAAAAUCAAGAUUAAAUUUAAAUUGAUUUAUUAAUCGGUAAUUGAUUGAAAAAACAUCUAAAUUAAAAACAUUACUAUUUAUGUCUUUACAAAUAAUUUGAAUCUCAAUUUUUUUUCUACACUUAACUCAAUUAUCAUAAUUAUAUUUGU